AUGAAUAUUUCUGUCAGGAAGGCAUUUAUUCUCUCUUCUACUAGGAUUCUUUUUAAUAUAUUCGGAAUGACAAUUGCUUGGUCAGUGAUUUCAAUGGGAUUGGAUAUUUUAUGUGGUAAAUUAAACCUGUCCAUACCAAGGGAUUAUUUAUACUUUAUGAAUGGGUAUACAGCAAGUACUUAUCAUAAAUUAUUAAUUAUAACCCAGGAGAUGUACGUGUUUGAACUGAUUCUGUCAGUGACUGGGAUUACUUCACAGUCAUUUAUUACUUCACUUAUGCAGAUUGGGUCACGUGUGUUUAUAUCCAGGUGUGCGUGUACUAAUAAUAAUUUAAUUAUAACAGGGAUUAUGAUGAUCGUAUGGGGUGUAUCUGACUUAAUACGGUUUUUAUACUAUGGGUGUCCCAUGCUUAAAAAGCCUCGUUAUUUAGCCUCUUUAAUUCUUUAUCCAAUUGGCAUAUUCUGUGAAGUAUUCUUAAUGGUUUACAUGAGGAGUACGCUUACUUUAAUUGGUUUAAUCACUUAUAUUCCUGGGUUUGUUUAUUUAUACGGUCGUAUACGGCAGAAGAAGAAGUCAGCAGAUGGAUUAUAAGUAGAUUUUUCCAGUAUUUAUGAUUCAUUAAAUUUCGGGUUAUAUCGGGU